UUUUAAAAAAGGAUUAAAAGAAACCGGGUAAGCAGUGUGGCCUGUAAUCAACGUUUGGGAGGUAGAGGCAGGAGGAUUGCUGUGAGAGUGUGUGUGUGUGUGUGUGUGUGAGAAAAACCAACCAACAACAAUCCCCAGAGAGGUACAGCUCAAGUAGCCACAAUACAGACAGCAAUAAUGUAAGGUGGUUGUGUUAAAAACUCUCAGAAGCAAGAAAGAUAGUGGUACCUUCAGGGUUGCAUGCCUGUAAUCCCAGCAUUUGGGGGGCGGAGGCUGGAGUCAGGACAAUUAGCUCUUCACAACUAUCCUUUGCUUCAUAGGAAGUUUGAGGCCACCUUGCACUGCAUGAGAUCCUAUUUUAAAACAAGCAGCCAGGGCUUGGGGAUUUAGCUCAGUGGUAGAGCGCAAGGCCCUGGGUUAGGUCCCCAGCUCCGGAAAAAACAAAAAACAAAAAACAAGCAGCCCCUUCCUGCUUGAAUCCAGGAAGGUUUGGGGAAUAGGCUAAUUUCUUUGUUUUGAGAUAGGGUCUUGCUGUAUAUCCCUAACUGGCCUGGAACUGAACGUGUAUGCUGUCCUCCCUCCUGAGUGUCUGGAUUACAAAUGUGUGACCUGGAGUGGGUGAUUGUUUGAACUGACAUUAAGGAUUGAGACUCCUGUGAAAGCUUUAAAAAAUUGUUUUAAAAUGUCUUUAGGUUUAUGUGUAUGAGUGUUUUGCCUGUGUGUGUGUGUGUGUGUGUGUGUGUGUGUGUGUGUGUGUGUGUGUGUAUGUGUAUAUAUACCUUCCGCAUGCCUGGUACUCACAGAAAUAAAAAGAAGGUGGCCUUAAUCCCUGGUACUGGAGUUACCAGUGGUUGUGAGCUACCAUGUAGGUUCUAGAAACUGACUCUAGGUCCUCUGCAAAAGCAAAAUGAGGGUUCUUAACUGCUCAUCCAUCUCUUCAGCCCCUAAAGAGUUUGUUUCGAUUAAAAAUUUUAUUUUAGAGCUGGGAAAUGGCUCAGUGUUUAAGAGCACUUGACUGCUCUUCUAGAGGUCUUGAGUUCAAAUCCCAGCACCCACAUAGUGGCUCACAACCAUCUGUAAUGACAUCUGAUGCCCUUCUCUGGUGUGUCUGAAGACAGCUACAGUGUACUUCUAUAUAAUAAAUAAAUCGUAAAUUUUUUAUUUUAUGGGUAUGAAUGCAUGUAUGUCUGUGCACCACGAACACGUACCUCAGAUCCUGACCUGGAGUUAGGUAGUUGUGAGCCAUCAUAUGGGUUCUGGGAAUCAAACUGUGGUAUUUAGGAAGAGCAGCCAGUGCUUUUAGCCACUGAGCCAUUUCCUAUAAGAGUUUUUACUUCUCAGUUUAGUUAUAAAACGUCGUUGCAACUUAAGAAUACUUUAUUAAACUCUAUGACAAUAGCCUGAAAAAAUCUAUGACAAUGUCCUGAAAAAAAUCACACCUUUCCUGUGAGACCCAAAACCAACCUUUGUCUGUCAAGGAGAGUAGACAUGGGAGGAGGAUUGGACGUCGGUACUAUGCCCAAACUUUUACAUAAGUCGUUGAAAAACAGUGGUUUUGUAUUUAAGUGAAAGAUAACUACUCUUUCUUUUCUUUCUGAGCAAAAAAGAAAGAAAAAGAAAAAGGAUAUGACUCCUCCUGGGUGUGGAGAAAUUUACUGUGGAUAAAAGGUAGAGCAUAGCCAGAGGCAGGGACAUCUGGGAGAGUCCACAUGACCAAACUGAGCUGGACACAAAGGAGAGGGGAUGGAAGGCCAGAAAACCGGAUGCAUCAGCAAAGAGGCUCACAGGCGGGUGCUACCUCUAUGUGGGCUUCAUGCUGUGGACUGCUGAAUGAAGUCAUGGGAACUGGAGCUGUCAGAGGCCAGCAGGCAGGAUUCCCAGGAAGCACUGGUCCAUUCAGGUUUACACCGAGUUCUGACUUUCCUACCUACCCACCAGCAGCUACAGAAGGACCCAAUAUAGUUUGCAAAGCCUGUGGACUUUCAUUUUCAGUCUUUAGAAAGAAGCACGUCUGCUGUGACUGCAAGAAGGACUUUUGCUCCCUUUGUUCGGUCUCACAAGAAAACCUCCGCAGAUGCUCUACAUGUCACCUACUCCAAGAGACAGCCUUCCAGCGCCCUCAGUUGAUGAGACUAAAAGUGAAGGACCUGCGGCAGUAUCUGCUCCUCAGAAACGUACCGACCGACACUUGUCGCGAGAAGGAGGACUUAGUGGAUCUAGUGCUGUGCCAUCGUGGACUGGGCUCGGGGGAUGGCCUGGACUCAAGGAGUCUCAGUUCCUCAAGAUCCCAGACUUCUAGUUUUUUUACACAAUCCUAUUUUUCAAAUUAUACACCCCCCUCUGCUACUGUGUCCUCCUUCCAGGGAGAGCUGAUGGACAGAGAGGGCACCUUCAGGUCAGAAGUUCUCACACAGGUACAAAGUGAAUUAGCUUCAGCAAACACGGAUGAUGAGGAUGGGGAGGAAGAUGACGACGAUGAUGACGAUGACGACGACGAGGAUGACGAUGAACAAGAAGAAAACUUAGAGGAACAGAACCCGGGGCUCUCUAAGAAGAAGGCGAGAGCUUCCCUGUCCGACCUGUCAAGCCUUGAAGAGGUGGAAGGGAUGAGCGUGCGCCAGCUGAAGGAAAUCCUGGCUCGGAAUUUUGUCAACUAUUCUGGCUGCUGUGAAAAGUGGGAGCUGGUGGAGAAAGUCAACCGGCUGUACAAGGAGAAUGAGGAAAACCAAAAGUCAUAUGGUGAGCGGAUGCAACUUCAGGAUGAGGAAGACGACAGCCUGUGCCGAAUCUGCAUGGAUGCGGUCAUUGACUGUGUCCUGCUGGAGUGUGGGCACAUGGUCACCUGCACCAAGUGCGGCAAGCGCAUGAGUGAGUGUCCCAUCUGCAGGCAGUAUGUGGUUCGAGCUGUGCAUGUUUUCAAGUCCUGAAAUUGAGGCCCCUACAGUGGGACACUCACAUGACCCCAAACAUUUCAGUGCACUAAAGGGACUGGAAACUUACUGUUCUAAGGCAGAAGCUAUUUUUUAAAAUUAUUUUCAUGACCAACUGGGGACAGAAAGUUCAUCCUAAGUCUUAGAAACCUGGGCUGUGCCAUAGGCCCGUCAACCGUGGACACAUGGCUUCCCAGGUUCUGCUGAGUUCUGUCACUUGUCUCCCCUGAGCACUAGGUGAAGCCAGACUGUUCAGUGUGGGUGUGGAGGCCACUCGCCUGUCUCUUACUUUACCUUUAUCCUGUGUUUGACACUUUUGUUCUCUGAACUGAGCUCACUGUUCGUGACUGGGCUAGUGUGGGCUCUCCUGAGCCGUAGCUGCUCGGAAUGUUCACCUAAUUAGCCAUGUAUAUUCUAAAUGCUAAUACUUAAUGAAUGUACGUUUCAACAUUAUUGCUAUUUCUGCAUUUAAACAUAAUUGGGAGACAACUGACAUUCUAUAGUCCACUGCCCGGGCCUUAGACUAAACGUCCAUUUUUGUUUGGGUACAGCUUUUAAUAGCAAGGGCUGCAUCUAGCUUCUUAUCUUAGAAGUGUAUGUGUGCUAAAUUCUUUAUUAAUAUGUAAUCAAUUUACAAUGUUUUGUAUAGUGAAGGUGUAUUUUUAGUGCUACCUGCUAGUAAUUUCAACUUUAGGAAUAAAAUUAAAUUAAAAGGC